UAUGUAUUAAACAACAUUUAGUGAUAACAUUGAAACGCCGUGUUUUUUAUUUUUCUUGUUGUUACUAAUAGUGUUAGGAUCAUGUUUAUUGCGAAAGUAUCAAUUGUUUUAUCACUAUUUCUUGAAAUAAAACGUAUUGAAGGCUUUCCCAAUAUAACUAAGGAUUAUGGAUUGGAUAUUUAUCAGUUCUUGAGAAAAUACAACUAUUCGACUGAAACUCAUUGGGUUCAGACUGAAGAUAACUACAUUUUACGGAUGCAACGUAUUACCAGAAGAAACGGCACAUUUUCAGAAAACCAAAAUAAACCAGCUGUGCUUCUGAUGCACGGAUUAUUGUGCAGCGCAAUGGACUUCGUUAAUAUGGGACCCAACAAAUCCUUGGGUUUAAUCCUAGCUGAUUCCGGCUUUGAUGUUUGGUUAGGGAACAACAGAGGAACAACAUGGUCAAGACAACAUACUACGUUAGAUCCUGACACAGAUGCCAAAUUUUGGGAUUUCAGCUACGAGACUUGUGGGUACUAUGAUUUACCUGCUAAAAUAGACUAUAUUCUCCAAAAAACAGGACAACAGAAGAUAUUUUAUGUGGGUCAUUCGCAAGGUACUACCCAAUUCUUUGCAAUGGCUGCCUUACGACCUGAAUAUAAUGAAAAAAUUGUAUUAAUGACGGCGUUAGCGCCUGUUGUUUACACCAAUCAUAUAUCAUCAUUGUUGUUCAGGACUUUUGCAAAGCACCUUAGCAUUUUUGAGUUAUUGUCUUAUGUAUUCAAUAUACAUGAAUUACUGCCGCAUUCACAAUUAGUGGCAGAUGUAUCAAUGAAAUUAUGUUCCGAUGGUUCGAGAUUUCAGGAAAUGUGCGCCAUUCUUUUAUUUGAAAUAAGUGGCUAUGAUUCUCCACAGCUCGACAGGUCGUUUCUACCGGUUAUUACAUCUAAUACGCCUGCAGGAAUUUCCAUAAAAAUGUUGGUGCAUUUCUUUCAAGGGAUCAAUUCUGGUCAAUUUCGAAGGUACGACUACGGUGCAUUAAAUAUAGCACAUUACAAAUCACUGGAACCACCUGAGUUUGAUAUUUCGGCAAUUACAGCACCGGUUGCCGUGUACUAUGCGGAAAAUGAUUACCUUACAGCUGCUCAGGACGUUGAGAGGUUCUCUGACGAAUUACCCAAUCUUGUAAAGAAGCGCCUCAUAGAAAAUAAAAAAUUCACCCACCUCGACUUUUUAUGGGCGAAGGAUGUGAACAAAAUCGUCAAUGCAGACGUUUUGGAACACAUGAAGCAAUACGUGAACCAAUCUAACAAAGCAAAUUCUGGCGUGAACGAGAAAUUUAUACCCAUUUUAAUUAUUUUAUUUAUACAUAUUAUUGGUUAUUUUUAAUAAAUAGUGCAUUAUACAAGUAUUGUUAAUGUACCCACUAAGAG